AUGAAGCUCGCCUCCAUGGUCGCUGCCCUAAUUAGACAAGGACAUCUCCUAAAGCAGUUGCAUUGUGAUCAUGAUCAUUUUUCAACUAGAUGGGAAGCCAUCAGCCGUGUCUGCGAAGCUGUGCCAGGUGCCAAAGGAGCCUUCAAGAAGAGAAAGCCUCCAAGUAAAACGCUGUCCAGCAUCCUGGGGAAGAGCAACCUCCAGUUCGCAGGGAUGAGCAUCUCCCUGACCAUCUCCACCGCCAGCCUGAAUCUGCGCACUCCCGACUCCAAACAGAUCAUAGCGAACCAUCACAUGCAGUCCAUCUCCUUUGCUUCCGGGGGAGACCCGGACACAACAGACUAUGUUGCCUAUGUCGCUAAGGACCCUGUUAAUCGCAGAGCUUGCCACAUUCUGGAAUGCUGUGAUGGGCUAGCCCAAGAUGUCAUUGGCUCCAUUGGACAAGCCUUUGAACUCCGGUUCAAACAGUAUUUGCAAUGUCCUUCCAAGAUUCCUGCUCUCCAGGACCGAAUGCAGAGUCUGGAUGAGCCAUGGACUGAAGAGGAGGGAGAUGGCCCUGAUCACCCAUACUACAACAGUGUUCCCAGUAAGAUGCCUCCUCCAGGGGGCUUUCUUGAUGCUCGACUGAAAGCCAGACCCCAAGCUCCUGACGCAGCCCAGUUUGCAGGGAAAGAGCAAACUUAUUACCAGGGGAGACACUUAGGAGACGCAUUUGGUGAUGACUGGCAGCGGGCACCCACCAGGCAAGGUUCCUUGGACAUCUAUAGCACACCAGAAGGGAAAGGGCACAUGGCUCUGGUGGGAGAGACACCAACCUACGUCAACACCCAGCCGGUCCCUCCACAGAUUUGGCCAGCAGCAAGCAGCAGCACCGAGAGCAGCCCACGGAAGGACCUCUUUGACAUGAAGCCUUUUGAAGAUGCUCUCAAGAACCAGCCGCUGGGGCCCGUGUUGAGCAAAGCGGCGUCUGUGGAGUGCAUCAGCCCUGUCUCACCCAGAGCCCCAGAUGCCAAGAUGCUGGAGGAGCUUGAUGCUGAGCCCUGGUACCAAGGAGAGAUGAGCAGGAAGGAGGCAGAGGCACUGUUGCAAGAAGAUGGAGACUUUCUAGUCCGAAAGAGUACUACCAACCCUGGCUCCUUUGUCCUCACGGGAAUGCACAAUGGCCAGGCCAAGCACUUGCUGCUGGUGGACCCGGAAGGCACGAUCCGGACGAAGGACAAGGUCUUUGACAGCAUUGGCCACCUCAUCAACUACCAUCUUGAGAGCAGCCUGCCCAUCGUCUCUGCAGGGAGUGAGCUUUGCCUCCAGCAACCAGUGGAGAGGAAACACUGA